UUGACGUUUGCUCAAAGCUGUGACAACUAUCUCAUCUGCCAGAAUAACCUGAACAAUGCCUUGAAUCUUACCAAUCCGCAGCCAUGGUUCUAUCCAGAAGAGUUCAGGCACAAGGUUGAGCAGUACUAUCAGAAUCAAGGAGCUCUUGGACUACGGACUGUUUGCAAGGCAUUCCGACAGUUCAAGGGAUGCAUGGGACCAGAAUACUCACAGUGCAUUAAUGCUGGCUACUUUGUAACUGCUUCAGUUCCAAUUUUCGAAUCCUAUCAGUUCGUCAGCAUUUUCAAUCAAAUGCACUACGUGUGUGGAGGAGGAUUUCAGAUUUAUAUGAAUAAUGACGAUUGCAUGUCGAAGGCUUGGAGUGGUACCACUGGAGAUCAAUUGAACGCCUGUCGGUAUAAAUUCGAAAAAGGCAGCGAUGCAAACCCGAAUGAAGUUCAAGCUGUUAAUUACAUGGCCAAUACUUAUUUAUCGUGUUUCGAAGAUCAGUUCAAGGAAGUUUGCGGUCUAGACUCCCGUGAUUCACAAUUCUGGGGCUGUGAAUACGCUCGUGUCAAUGUGUUCACUCGAUUCCCUCAGAGUAGCGUGGACUGCGUCUGUAAGUUUACCUAA